CAUAUUUUUAGGUAUUCAUUUUAUGAUGGGCCACCGUUUGCCACUGGCUUGCCUCAUUAUGGCCACAUACUUGCUGGAACCAUAAAAGACAUAGUGACUCGUUUUGCUCAUCAGUCUGGCUAUCACGUAGAAAGACGUUUUGGAUGGGAUUGUCAUGGGUUACCAGUUGAAUAUGAAAUUGAUAAAACUUUGGGAAUAAAAGGUCCCAGUGAUGUAGAGAAAAUUGGUAUUGAACAGUAUAACAAUGAAUGCAGGAAAAUUGUUAUGAGAUAUGCAAAACAAUGGGAGGAAAUUGUUGGUCGAAUGGGAAGGUGGAUUGAUUUUGAAAAUGACUAUAAAACGCUUUAUCCAUCUUUUAUGGAAAGUGUAUGGUUUGUUUUCAAGCAGUUAUACAACAAAGGAUUUGUUUACAGAGGUGUCAAGGUGAUGCCAUUUUCCACUGCAUGUAGUACUCCAUUGUCAAAUUUCGAAUCUGGACAAAACUAUAAAGAAGUAGUUGAUCCAGCUGUUAUUGUCAGUUUCCCACUUGAUAAAAGCCCAUAUGUUUCUGUGAUUGCUUGGACAACUACACCGUGGACACUGCCAAGUAAUUUAUCUGUUUGUGUAAAUCCUGAUCUGGAUUAUGUGAAAGUAAAAGAUAAUUCCACUGGAAAUGUGUACAUAAUGAUGGAAGCCAGACUUGAGGCAUUGUUCAAGAAACCUACUGAGUAUACUGUUUUGGAAAGAUUUAAAGGCAAAGUGCUGAAAGAUCUGACGUAUGAACCACUUUUCCCUUAUUUUAAACAUCUGAAAUCUAAAGGAGCCUUUAGAGUUUUAUGUGAUGGAUACGUAACAGAGGAAAGUGGAACUGGUAUUGUUCAUCAAGCACCUUACUUUGGAGAAGAUGAUUACAGAGUUUGCUUAGCCAAUGGUGUGAUAACUAAGGAUCAAGAAAUGGUUUGCCCUCUUGAUUUCUCUGGAAAGUUCACUGAUCCUGUAACAGAUUUCAAGAAUCAGUAUGUAAAGGAUGCCGAUAAGAAUAUUGUAAAAUAUUUAAAAUCCAUUGGAAGGCUUGUUCAUCAAGGGACAACCAAACACAGUUAUCCCUUUUGCUGGCGAUCUGAGACACCUCUCAUUUAUCGAGCAGUACCAUCUUGGUUUGUUCGUGUAGAACAUAUGACUGAAACAUUAUUAAAAGCUAAUCAAGACACAUAUUGGGUUCCUGAUUUUGUGAAAGAAAAGAGAUUUGCAAAUUGGUUGCGAGAUGCUCGUGAUUGGGCUAUUUCUCGAAAUAGGUACUGGGGCACACCCAUUCCAUUGUGGAUAAGUGAUGAUGGAGAAGAGGUAGUUUGUGUUGGAUCCAUUGCAGAGCUUGAAAAACUAACUAAUACAAAAGUAACAGAUCUUCACCGUGAACAUGUCGACAAAUUAACAAUUCCAUCUCAGAAGGGAAAAGGUGUAUUAAGGAGAGUCUCGGAAGUUUUUGAUUGUUGGUUUGAAAGUGGAAGCAUGCCAUAUGCCCAGGCUCAUUAUCCAUUUGAAAAUGCUAAAGAAUUUGAUGAGUCAUUUCCUGCAGAUUUCAUUGCUGAAGGGGUAGACCAAACACGUGGAUGGUUUUACACUUUGUUAGUCAUUUCAACAGCAUUAUAUGGUAAAGCUCCUUUUAAAAACUUAAUUGUAAAUGGAUUAGUAUUAGCCAGUGAUGGCCAGAAGAUGAGUAAAAGAAAGAAAAAUUACCCUGAUCCAAUGGAUGUUGUUAAUAAGUAUGGUGCUGAUUCUCUUAGGUUGUAUUUAAUAAAUUCCCCUGUCGUAAGAGCAGAGUGUUUGCGAUUUAAAGAAGAAGGUGUUAGAGAUGUUCUCAAAGAUGUUUUCCUUCCCUGGUAUAAUUCCUAUCGAUUUUUGGUACAAAAUAUUCAUAUGUAUGAAAAAGCUUAUGAUACUAAAUUUUCCUAUUCUGAACAAGUGCAUGAAAAAUUGAAAUCUGAGAACAUUAUGGACUGUUGGAUACUGUCCUUCACACAGAGUCUUGUAGCAUUUGUUACAAAGGAAAUGAAAGCUUAUAGGCUGUAUACAGUUGUACCUAGACUAGUGAAGUUUGUAGAUCACCUAACAAAUUGGUAUGUGAGAAUGAAUAGAAAGCGGUUAAAGGGUGAAGGAGGACAAACUGAUUGUCAAAAUGCCUUGGAAACUCUAUUUUCAGUUCUUUACACUAUGAUAAGAGUAAUGGCUCCCUUUAGUCCUUUCUUUACUGAAUUGGUAUAUCAGAAUCUGAGAAAAGUGUUAGUCAAACAAGAAGAAAAUAGUAAUCAUGACAGUAUUCAUUAUUUAUAUGUUCCUGAGCCGAAGCAGCAGCUGAUAAAUACAGUUGUUGAAAGAAAAGUAGCAAGGAUGCAAGAAGUUAUAGAUAUUGGCCGUCUCAUUCGAGAAAGAAAUACCCUUCCAAUGAAAUACCCUCUCCCAGAGUUAGUGGUCAUUCAUGAAGAUCAAGAAUAUCUUGAUGAUGUUAAAUCAUUGCAGAAAUUUAUCAUUGAGGAGCUUAACAUCAAAUGCAAAUGCUUAACAGUAACUGAAUGCAAAUGUAACUGCCUCACAGUGACUACUGAUAAGAAGAAAUAUGGUGUUAAAUUAAGAGCUGAACCAGAUGUUAAAACUCUAGGACUCAAAUUGCGUUCUGCUUCCAAAGCUGUUGCUCAGGCUGUAAAAGAACUAAGUGAUUCUCAGCUUCACGAAUUUAUCCAGAAGGGAACAAUAUCUGUGUGUGGAUAUGAUUUAGUUGAAGGUGAUAUACGCUUGAUGCACAGCUUCAGUGGUGAAAGAGCUAAAGAACUGUCUCAAAAAUAUGAAGCACAUUCUGUUGGAGAAGUCCUUGUACUUCUGGAUAUUACUCCUGAUCAGGAAAUGGUAGAUGAGGGUGUUGCAAGGGAAGUAAUUAAUCGCAUUCAGAAGUUGAGGAAAAAGGCUCACUUAGUGCCAUCUGAUCCAAUAUCUGUUUAUGUAGCAGUUAAGCCACCUAGUGAUCAUCUCAAUAAUGUUAUCAGAAACUUCCAUGAAUUUAUAAUGAGUACUUUAAAGGUUCCGUUGGGAUUUCUGCCACAUGAAUCAAAAGCCAAUGUGAUAAUUCAAGAAACAAUGGAAGUUAAAGGUGCUCAACUGGAAAUAGUAAUUUUAUGUAAUAAAGAUAAAUUAGAGGAAUUGCCUGUCAUGAAUGGGCCUAUUGAACCAAGCAAUAAAAGUCAAAGAACUUUCCAGACCAAAAGUGAAAACAAGACUUUAAAAAGAACACAUGAGAAUAAUGAUGGGGAUUUUAGUGAACCGUUUUGUAGAUACAUUAAUGUAGAGCUAUGUGGUGUGGAUGAAAAAUCUCCUCUAUCUCGAAACUGUGGUACGGUUCUUUUGGAAAACCCUAAGGGCCGUUGGUGUUUAUCUAGUGAAGCAUUAUCAAGACAAGUUCAAGUGGUGUUUGAAGUGUAUGGAAAAAAACCUAAAUUAUUUUUAAGUCCAGACAAGAAGAAACCUUUAGACAAAUUAUCAAAAGAAGAUAUUUUUAAUUUGCAUUCAAAAACUGUAUAUGCCUUUCUAUCAUAAAAUUUUGAAUAAACAGUAAUUGAAACUGUG